GUAUGAAUAUGCGUGUACACGAGAAUGUGCUAUGACGUCGAGAACCCACCUACGUUUCUGCAGCCGAUUGGACUCGCGCAGAUACCCAGCUAUCAUUUAAUAAACAGAGGUGGACUGGACCUCUCACUUUCGUCGUGGAUCUCGUCGCUGCACUGCAGGAGCUAUUCACGCCUUUCCUCACUCCAGAACGCACCUGGGCACACGCGCGGUGUAACAGAAUAUUACCACUUCGAUUGGAAAACAGGUGGUGGUAAAAAGAUGAGAAGCGGCAUUUUGCUGGUGGCUUUGUUUGUUGCCAUGAAACUCCACUCAAGCCAGUCCAGCUGCGAGGAACCUGCGGCUGGGGCACACAGAUCAACCGACUCAGAGGAGGGUCCAGGUUUGGGAAACAUCCAGCGGACCAUUCUGAAGAGAUAUAACGGUCUGGAUUAUGACAGCUUCGUCGGGCUGAUGGGGAGAAGGAGCGCUGAUAUAAAUGAUCUACCACCAUCUCCCCAUAAAAGGGAGAUGGACGACGUCUUUGUUGGGCUUAUGGGCAGAAGAAACUCUGAACUUGGUUUCGGCACUGGUAUUGGUAUUGGUCACACUGCUGACAUUGGUAACAUGCGUCCUUUGAGGAAGGAGGUGUACCCAGAAACAAGAAAAGGAGGCCUAUUCUUUAACAAGUGCAGACUGAGGUUUCGUCGUGGGUUAUAGACAAGACAUUCAUCUGGACCCAUCUCUACCAUCCAGCUAAGGCAACACCCCUUUUCAGAAGAUUGGAG